AUGGAAUAUCCAAAUAAAUAUGAAAAAUUACGUAGCAACGAAAUGGUUACCUCGGACGACUCCGAUUCGGAAUUCUUCCAAGAAAAUUGCACUGCUAGUUGCGGUACCUCCAAAAAAGCAAUCUUUAAACAAAUUGUCACAAACAACAUUCCAGAUACAAUUCAUAAAAUUCAUCAGGCGGCAUAUCAUAAGGUAGACAAAACGCACAUUAAAGUUCCGAUUGUAAAAAAACUGAAAGAGAAAACAACAACAAAGAGACCGUCAUCAGCAGCUCACCAAGCUGCUCAGGAAGUAAAUGCAGUUUUGGAAGAACAUGAAAAACAGCAAAAGCAAGCCGAAAUGAUGGAAACUAUUGUCGAUGAUAUAAGUAAAUGUAAUGAUGACGCUGACUCCAUUGGUUCCGCUUCCGAUCUAAGGACAGAAGAUGACUUCUUCGAUGAGAAUCAUGUAAGUCAUAUAUCCCGAAAUAAUUGUAAAUUAAAACGACCCGAUUUGGACGGCGUAAGCGAAAGCGUGAAGACUUGCAGCUCAUCCGCAUACCAUGCCGAAUGUGAAUCGGUAACGACACACGAAGAUGAUAGUAGCCGCGUAGUGGUAAAAGUGCGUAUGCGAAAAAAAGACAGAAACUCUUGUGCUGCUUCCGCAAAUGAAGCUUUAGCUGUUGCAUCUGCCCUUUCGGACUUGAGCUGUGAACAAGAUGAACAUCCUUCAGAAUUCCUCAAUGCGUUUGGCGAUAAACCUCUACUUUUGGAUGACGAAUUAGACUAUGGCUCAGAGGAGACAGACUCUGCCUCCAAAUCUAUACCAAACGCUCACAUCGAUACCAACAUAAAUACAUUCGAAGAAAGUAACGCUCUUAAAAUUGUAGUUAAUUGCAAAGACCAAGACGAACUAGAUGUUUUUGCAAUGGCACCGUUUAAUAAAAAAGAAAUUGGGAAUAUCAAAAAGAAACUACAUGGCAAAUAUAGCUCCAGGAAAAAAUCUAUUGACACAGUUGCAGGGAAUAUUCCGGACUCAAGUACGGAAAUGUGGACAUCGACGCCCAUUAAAUGUUUUGUUAAAACAAGUGAAAAAGAUGGGCCAACCAUUGUUUCGGGCCCAGACCAAGUUUUAGACAAUUUUAAUGAACCUGUCUUUAACCCUUUCGAAUAUGUUGAUAACAAACAACGUAGUAACAACAUUCAUAAGGAAGUACAAAGCUCAUCCCUUUACGGAACAGUAAAAGUCAUUUCAAAUAAUCCUGUUGAACCCUUGAACUCGGUAUGCCCUAAAAGCAAUUUUUUUGAAUCGGAUCCAUUCACCAGAAGUGCAGAAGAGUGUAGCAAAAAGAAAAAUAUGAAUCUAUACAAUCCUAAAGUAAAUAUCUAUAAAAGUUCUAAUACCACUAAAGAAGUCGGAACGGAUCCAACAGCUCAACUUGUAACUGUUAAUUCUUCCAUUAUUAUAAAUAAAACACCAGAACCAUAUAACGUGUCUAAGGAGGGCAGCAUUGUUACCAGGGCUCUAGCACCACAAAGUGGGUUGCCUGUAAAUGAGAAAAAAGAUCCCCCUCCAUACGCCAAUGUGCCUAUAUUCCAACCAAAUAAGUCUUCACAUGUUGAGCUUCCACAAAGGCAAACUGUGGUAAAUAGUUCCUUAGGUACGCCAGAACUCCUAACGGGUUGUACUCCAUAUCCAUUGGAAACAUGCUAUAAUGAUGAUCGAACUAUUCUCCCUAUAGCAGACAAAACGUUGGUGCAAGUUACAGAAGAACGUAUGUCAGAUUUGUUACCAAACCAAGAACAAUCGAUUUUUUCUCCUUCUAACGAUAUUGCUUAUGUUGACCCAAGGGAAUUAAAAAGUUGUACCAUUGUUACUACAACCACAUUGCCGGCGACAAAGCAAAAUGAGAAAAAGUCUAAUUUUGUUGCAAGAACUGUGCCUACAAAAUUUUACAAAAAGGUUUCUUCCGAUUAUUUACAUUCGAGUUUUAACACGAAAGAUUCAGCUUCAAACGUAAGCGUAAUUUCUUCAAAGCAAAAGCAUCAGCGUUCUCCAAAGUAUAAAGCACAUACCAAUGAGUGUGACGAUGAUGGAACAGGGAAUAUAAUUCCAAACAUCACUGCAAAUUUACAAAAGAAUACACUUUCUUCUUCAGCUAUUCCCUUUAAUCCUGCUUCAAAUUCGGCUAAGACGGGCUUUAGUAAUAUGUCAUUUGAGGAUUUUCCAUCUGAUAAUGAAACAGAAGGAACGCCCACAAAAACUGCCCUGCCAUUUGAAGUUCUGCGCCAAAACAAAAUUUCUCUGGAUGCAGACAAAAAAUUUGGUUCUCUAAAGCGACGUAGUAAUUUGUUUUCCUAGAAAACUGCUACAUGUUUCAGCUUAUGAUCACAGAAACCCUCAUAAAAUCUAAAAACACAAACAUUAGAUAUAACAUUCCAAACGGCCUUAAUACCAUUGCAUACUUUAACAUUUUCUGUUGAUCUUAAUAUAUAUAUAAAAACAUGCUCAUUGUUGAAAAUAUGGAAAAGGAUGUACGUUUCCGUAAAAGCUUAAACGAGUGCAACUCUUUAAAUGUUUAUUUAUUUUUAUACGAUCUGGUAUUGUAGUAAGAAACAAGCUGACUUGCUUCAUACAGCAAAUUGUGAGUAUGUUUCCUAAAAGAAGCAAUAUAAAAUGUAGCCACAGUGCUGACAUUCUGUUAAAAAAAAUACUUAUUUGUCGACUUAGGGGAAGUAAAUUAUAGAAACAAUAUGCUACGCUCUAGCAACAAAUCUUACCAUAAAUUUCUACACAAAAUAUUUAUAAAAACUUGGAAUUUAUAACAUUAGCAGCUCUAUAUAAAUCAUUUAAACUUUAUCAUUAAUAUAAAUUAUAUUAUCACAUCAUGUUGUGGUGUAAUAUGUACCCAUUACGACCUAAUCGCUAACUAAAAUUCUGCGAAGUUAGGCUAAAGAAGCCUGGCACCUUUUGAUGGAAUUUAAUAAAGUUAUUUUUCUUGUAUCGUGUCCUUGCGGUCUUCAAUAAUAAAUACGCUAAAUAAUGAGGGCGUAUAAAAAAAGAUGGAAAGGUCGACCAAAAAUAUUUUUUAUUCGUGCUUUUAUUUAUACAGAGAUAACAGAGUAAUUAUCUCACAUUUUAUUAUUGAAUUUAACAACACAUAUAGUAUAUUAUUUAUCAUUGUCUAAGCAUUAUAAAUGUAACGUUGUUUUGACACAUUUGUUUCGUUUAUGUUAAUUAAAACUCAAAUAAAUAUUAUGUUUAACCAAAA